CCUCAUUGGUAGAGAAAAGGAAAACAUCUCUCUUUCUGUCUCUCUGUCGCCUCCCAUAUUGGGCCCUUCCUCCUGGGUUAUAAAACCUUAGCAGAGGCACGCAUGCGACUGUGGAUUGUGGAAACUCAAGUAGAGAAUGUCUAGCACUCCAGUUGCUGUAGUGACCGGAUCCAACAAAGGCAUUGGGCUGGCUAUCGUGCGGGCUCUAUGCAAGCAGUUCUCUGGGGAUGUGUACCUGACAUCUCGCAACAUUGAACGAGGCAAGGCAGCGGUGGCAAAGUUGCAAGGGGAGGGACUGAAGCCACUCUUUCACCAGCUGGACAUAACUGAUCUUCAGAGUAUCCGAACCCUUCGUGACUUUCUGAAGGAGAAGUACGGGGGACUGAAUGUGCUAGUCAACAAUGCAGGGAUUGCCUUCAAAGUUGCAGAUACAACUCCAUUUGCUAUUCAAGCAGAGGUUACCCUGAGGACAAAUUUUUUUGCCACCAGAGAUGUUUGCACAGAGUUGUUACCUCUGCUGAAACCUAAUGCCAGAGUUGUGAAUGUGUCUAGCAUGUGUGGUGCUUCAGCAUUGUCCAACUGCAGUCAAGAUCUGCAAAAGAAGUUUCGGAGUGACACAAUCACUGAAGAGGAGCUAGUGAAACUCAUGGAAAAAUUUGUAGAAGACACUAAGAAGGGAGUGCAUCAAAAGGAGGGCUGGCCAAACCAUGCUUAUGGUGUGUCCAAAACCGGAGUGACGGUUUUAUCCAGAAUUCAAGCAAGGGUGUUGAAUGAAACAAGGAAAGCCGAUGGUAUUCUCCUGAAUGCCUGUUGCCCUGGAUGGGUCAGGACUGACAUGGCUGGUCCCAGAGCCACCAAAUCACCUGAUGAGGGAGCUGUGACUCCUGUUUAUUUGGCUCUUUUGCCUCCUGGAGCUAAUGGGCCUCAUGGCCAGUAUGUCAGUGAAAAGAAAGUACAGAAAUAAUAACUGUCCCCUGGAGGUAUACACUGGAGAUCUAGGACAUUUGGCGUGAUCUAACAAGAAUAAUCCAGAGAGUAUUCUGAAUGAGUAUCUGCUGUACCAGUCAUACUGGGGUGCUGUGUCAAGAAAGAGAAGACUGGAUCUAAUGAUGGUAUAAUAUAAUACAGAACUGUCUAUCUCCUCUGUCCUAUUCUGGAUAGUUAGAAAUGCAGAACUGUGGGAUACUUUCUAUUUCUUAAGUAUGUGCACCUCUCAGUUCUUUAUUGUUACUAAGAAUUUGUAAAAUCACUCAUUCUUAGGAGGCUUACAAAAUGUGUAUGGAUACCUUUCUCAUUUUUGGUCAUGGUUGUUUUCUGCAAUGCAAGCAUUAAGCUAUAGUAAUUUUGCAGCAAAUCUGAACUCUUUUAAGCAGCGGCUAACUAACAGAAUUAGAUCUGCUGUUGAGCAAAGGAUUUGUGUAUGGUCUGUAUUUUGAGAAAAGACUAUUCAUCUUUUUAAACACACACAGCCCCUCAAGAUGUACUCUCCAGUACUAGCAGUGGAGGAUUGCUUCUUUUUCAAGGACAGGAAAAUAUAAUUGUGCAUGAUAGUAAAUUGCAUUGGUUAAAAAAAGAGACAAAAGAAAUACAACUCCUUGAAAGAUGAGUCUCCCAAAAACCAUAUAAAUGACAUUCAUGGUAAUAUUUUUGAAUGCAUGUCUUUUUGAUUAAUAUUAAAAACUUCCAUCAAAAAACUUCUGUGUGCGUAUAUUUAGUCUUCUAGGUCUAGUAAUAAAACACCUUUUUUUUUAAAAUGAAGUCAUAAAAUGGCAGUGUCAAGUAUAUAGAGAAUAGCAUGGUCGUUAUGGUUCCUUCACAGUUUCUACAACAAUAGCCAUCCAGAGUAUUUUAGUUUCUCUCUUUUCUGACUCAUUUGGUUUGCACUCCUUUGACAACAGCAUUGCUGUUUUUUACACAUGUGUAAAAGAUAACAAUGUUAGCCAUUUAACAGUAUAUUAUGCAUUUCUAAAAACCACCUAGAAUCUUUUUCUCAUAUAAAAGGUAUUGCAACUUUCAAAGCACUGAGAAACUUGGCAGACAUUCAGUACCACAUGUUAAUCAUUACCAUAAUCAGGCUUAAGAAUGCUGAAUCAUAGUGAGUAUUUAACUAGAGAACCAGUGUAGUGUAGUGGUUUGAAACACUUGACUAUGACUCUGGAGACCAGGGU